AUGAGACAUCAACACUGCUAUGAAGCCAAACAACUACUCAGAGAUCAUUUAAAUCAACUUAAAGGUGGUCGUGAUGACCAAGAUAUUCAACAACAACAACAACCCCUUCCUCCUCCUACUCUUCAACGAACAGUAAUGACUACUACAACAACAACAACAACAACAACAACAACAACAACAUCUACUACAAUAAUAACAUUUCAAACAAUACUCGGAUCUAAAUACAUUAGACAUUUGAUAUUCAAUCAGACAGGUGUGAUACAAAAACAAUUAAGAAGAACAAUAACAGAAUACUGUUGGCAUCGUAAUGCAACAUUGGAUACACUUACUCAUCUAUUGAAAUGGUCGAAUGGUUUUGAAUUUAAAUGGAAGUAUUUGAAUGAUGCAAUAGAUGGAAAACGCAAUAUAAGAAUUAAAAUAUUUAAUCAAGAAAUAUUAGAGUAUCUAAUCAAGAUAUGUCCUUCUCAAGAGAAAGGAUUUUUAGACAAAGCAAUGAAUAUGGCUUGCAAGUGCGGGUAUCUAUCUGUUGUAAAGAUGUUACACUCCAAAGGUGUAGAACUCAACAGCAACCACAUGCUAUUGGCUUGCCAAGCACCUUUGAUUGAUGUAAUAAAGUUUAUACAUGGUGGAAUUAGAAAAUAUAUAGGUUUAAUAGAUGAAGCAGCAAAGAAUAGUUUAGAUAUUGUAAAGUUUCUUCAUUAUAAUAGAACUGAAGGUGCAACUACCGCUGCGAUUGAUAAUGCAUCAAUGAAUGGACACAUUGAAAUUGUAAAGUUCCUUUCAGAGCAUCGUAGUGAAGGUGCAACAACCAAGGCUAUGGAUAUGGCAGCUGAAAGAGGAUUUAUUGAUAUUGUAAAGUAUCUUCAUUUCAAACGUCGUGAAGGUGCAACGAACCGUGCUAUGAAUUAUGCGAUUCAAAACGGCUACGUUGAUAUUGUAAAGUUCCUUCAUCAACAUCGAACAGAAGGUUUACCACCCGAUGCUUUAGAAAAAGCAGUUCAACAUGGCCACUUUGAUGUCAUAAAGUACGUUUAUGAAAAUCAAAUUGAAACAACGAUUGAUAUAAAAAUAGAAGGGGAUGCAAUAGUGAAAGGAAACAUUGAGAUGGUCAAAUAUCUUGUUGAAACUGUCAAGGCAAAAUGUACGUCAAAUACCGUAGGAGCAGCAUUAAAAUGCGGUAAAUUGGAUAUCUACCAGUAUCUCUAUGACCGUUUCUCGGCAAAUGAUAGAGAGGAUAUUUGGACACCCUUUAUUAUGGAUUGUGCAGCUCAAAGUGGGUACAUUGAUAUUGUAAAACACCUUCAUUUCAACCGAACAGUGGGUGCAACAACCAAUGCUAUGGAUUGGGCAUCAAUGUAUGGUCACAUUGAAAUUGUAAAGUUCCUUCAAGAGCACAGAAGUGAAGGUGCAUCAACCUAUGCUAUGGACUGGGCAGCUCAAAAAGGACACAUUGAAAUUGUCAAAUAUUUACACUUUAAUCGUAGUGAAGGGUGUACAAUAAGGGCACUAGAGUAUUCUUGUCGCCAUGGACAUGUAGAAGUGUUAUCAUUUCUAAUCAAUGUCAGAAAUCUGAAAUGUAAUGAAAAUAUACUUGGAGAUAGAUACCUAUUGAUGGACGGCAAGCAAGAUAUUUUCAAAUUGAUUCUUCCUCAUUUCGUAGGAGAUGAUGGAAUAAAAUCAAUUGAAAGAAUCAUAAUAGAAAUGAAAAGCUUACACUUUUAUGAAGCCAAACAACUACUCAGAGAUUAUUUAAAUCAACUAAAAGGUGAUGACCAAGAUAAUAAUCAACAACAACAAUCACUUCCUCCUCCACAACAAAGCAACACCAAUCCUUUGAAGAAUCUGAUAGACUGGAUCAAAUCAACACAAAAAUCCAACCCCAAUCAUUGA